AUGGAGGUGAAAAACAAUUGAUGACUCUGUUUAUGCAUACCCUACUGUUUCUGCUGCUAACCAUAGAUGUGUGCCUAUACAGUAAGUACCUGCCAGCGUCUAAAACAUCUGUUUCUUUGAUAUGUAACAGUGGAAGAUAUAAUGGACCUGCCUCUGUUAUACUACCCUCUUGUGGUUGGAUUGGUUAUUACAUGCAUUAGAUGUAAACAUGGCAUUCACAUGUAGUUUACCUGUCAAAGUUGUAACUGCAGAAGACUGGCAAUCUUUUCCAACUCACUUUUGCCACCAUGACUUUUGCCACCAUCACCAUGACUUUUGCCACCAUGACUUUUGCCACCAAGUUCUACCCCCAAGCCAUAAGACUCCUGAACAGCUAAUCAUGGCUACCCGGACUAUUUGCACUGCCCCCCCACCCCAUCCGUUUUACGCUGCUGCUACUCUGUUAAGUAUUUAUGCAUAGUCACUUUAACUCUACCCACAUGUACAUAUUACCUCAACUAGCCGGUGCCCCCGCACAUUGACUCUGCACCGGUACCCCCCUGUAUAUAUAGCCUCCCUACUGUCACUUUAUUUUACUUCUGCUCUUUUUUUUCUCAACACUUUUUUUGUUGUUGUUUUAUUCUUACUUUUUUUGUUUAAAAUAAAUGCACUGUUGGUUAAGGGCUGUAAGUAAGCAUUUCACUGUAAUGUCUGCACCUGUUGUAUUCGGCGCAUGUGACCAAUAAAAUUUGAUUUGAUUUGAUGACAGCUGUAAUAGGCUUGGCAUUAAUGUUCUUGCCUAUUUGCUUAUGCCACAGUUGUGGCAAGCUUGUAUUGGACAUUUCAUCUUGGGCUCUCCAGAGGUCCAGGGUGUGGAUCAUCCUGACAACAUGCGAGCAGUAACAUGUGGAGCUAGCAUAGAAUGGUAUUUUUGUUAGGGCGAGGGCACUGGGUGCGCAAUAUCAAGUGUGCUUAUAGGCUAUUUAGUUAGUUGUCAAUAUAAUGAUCCACGAAGUGCAUGCUCAGAGAAGCACAGAGCAAAGUUAUAUUUCUAAGAGAGAGGCUGGGGUGGUGUAAAUAAAACUAGGCUGCAUUACACACUGCAAUGGAUAUUCUAACCCUGAGUGCUGGUCUGCUCUGCUCUUGCUGAUCAAAUAGUUUUUUGUGUGCUGCCUAACCAAUAGCUGUGCCGUGUAGGCCUACGGUGGCAGUUCAGGAGGAGAGUCAAAGGGUUCUUCCGAAUUGUUUUAUUUAUUACGCCUAGUCCAAAAAAACUUGCGCGCGGACUAGCCUAUGUUCUGUUCAGUUUGAGAAGGAGAGAGCGCUAAAAUGAGGAUGACCGGAGGCUAAUGUUGAUAGCUUGCUAUUACUAUAAUGUAUUUUAUUAAAAACUUGCCCAUGAUGUAUUUAUCAGAGUUAUUGACCUCACAAUAAACCAGAUUUGAGUAACUUACAUUGUGGUGCUGAAACUUGAAGCACCACAGCCAUCAAUCGGAAAUGAGGCAUCAAUCGGAAAUGGACAGUCUUCAUUUUAAUUAGACUUUACUAACAACUAGAACAAGACAUUAUGCCGUGGGCAACUUUCUUUCAUUGUCCAGAUGCCAAAGACACAAUCCUAGUCACAUUAGCAACCCAUCCAAUUGUUGCAUCUUAGAUUCCUACUCUACGUUUCUAACAGAGAUUUUUAUCGCUGUCAAAUAUGGAACUGCUCACAUCAGGUGCGCUAUUUAGAACAGUGUUUUCCCUCAAAUUGCAUUUUGGCAAAUGUUUGAAGUGAUGUUUUACAUUGGGUGCUUCAUUACAGUAGUUGUAUGUUCAAUAAUAUAGCCUUAGCCGUCUGGCUUGCUGCUACUGUUGUAUGUUUCAAUUAAGCUCUUAAUAAAAAAUGUCAGUUCCUUGUAUGCACGUAUAGUAUUUUGUGUUGGUCACAUCAUUAAACUAUUUGGAACAAAUUGAACCAUUUGUUAACUGGUUAAUGAGGGUUGUUUAGUCUCUUGGUUGGCAUCAAAAUUGACUGAAAUGUGCAUCCCUACAGUCAGUCAAUACUCCUUCAGAUAAGUGCAAUACAGCUUUCCAGUCUCAAUUGAAUUGCACUAUUGCUCCUGAUAACUUCAAGCCCUGGUUUAGUGCACACACUAUCAUUACUAUCCUGAGCCAUUGCAUUUAUCAAGAGUUGUUCCUCGGACUCAGAUUUGUCAAUGUCAACAGAUUUGCUAGAAGAUGUUUUUAAUACAAAAAAUGUAUUGACUUUUUCUCCUUGCUAGUGUUUGGCCUGGUCUCUCUAGGAAAAUAGGUUCAAACAAGACACUCCCUGAAAUGUAGUUGAAGUGAAAUAAUGUUAACUUUCACUUUCCAGAUUGCUAUUCCCGUACUCUCUGUUACUCUUAUCAAAAAGACAAAAACUGCAAUUUUGGUGCCAAAUGCACUCGUUAUCACAACCACAAACGAGUGGUUAAGACCAGUUUUAUUUGUAGAUAUUCAAUCGUCAAGUUUGUUGUUAAUUAGUAACACUUAUUAUUCUUUCAUUGUAAUUUGUCAUGUUAAAUCUGUUUUUUUUACAGCACGUAUUUGCAUAAUUCCUAUCCGAGAUACAACAUAUAAACUCCUGAAAUCCAUGUGUUCAUCUGGAUGUAAGUUCUUCCUCCUUGUCUUCAAUUAUUUCACAAUCUUUUUGUCAAUUUAUGUUUUUUUUGUUUUUUUAUACUACAACUACCUGCAGACAACAGCAUUGUGAGGCUUAACAUAUUGUUAAACUAUAGCAUUAGCAUUGUGCAGUUGGCCUUUUCAAGUCUAACUCAUUGGACACCAUUGUAGAGGGACAAUACAGGGAGCAGCCCCAUUUACUUCCUCUGCUGAGAACAGCUUCAGAGCCGAUUGUCCUUCAUCACUUCCUCUGGUCAGUACUGAGACUGUUGCCUUUCUCCCAACUCUUCUUAUAUGACCAAAGUGUAUGUGUGUGUGUUGUAAUUGUUCUACUGUACCAUCUGUGUCUGGACAGUUUAAAUUCUAUUUAAGAUUAGUUUUAUUUAAAUGGGUUCAAAUUAACGUAAAUAUUGUGUGUGUAGGAUUUAUCUGGAGACUUCUCAGACCUAGAUGGGGUGGUGCGCCAGAGGAGGCAGGACAUGCUGGAGAGCAGCAGCUUGGGCUCCCAGACUCCUGACUAUGAGAAAAGGGUGGGUGGGUUCUCCCUUUAUGAUGGCAGGGGUGUCCAACCAUCCUCCUGGUGAAAGACAAUACAAUCAUCAUACAUAAUCUAUGCAACAUCAUAGAGACAGAAAUAAACUAUCACUAUACCCUUACAUGAGUGGAGAGAAAGAAUAAAGGAGGGAAAGAAAUUGACCCUGAGUAAGGAGUUUUAUCUAUACAGAUUAACGAAGAGCAGUACUAACAGCUUCCAAUAGCCUAUGACUGUAAGUCGCUUUGGAUAAAAGCGUCUGCUAAAUGGCAUAUUAUUAUUAUAUUAUAAUAGAUAAGUUGAGUUGGACUGCCAGGUGCAGUCAGAUGCUUUCAGUUACUUAAGCUUCUCUGCCCGAACACAGCUGUAGCCAAAUUUUACUGUACAGGCUCACUUUUUCUUGUAGCCUGUAGACGUAAGAGUUCAACUGUAUUUAAACAGACACUAUUUACUUUUUACAUGUGGAUACAGUAGUGACUAUGGUUGGUUUAAACAAGUCAAUAUUUAAAAAGAUAAAGGAUUGAUUGGCUGUAGGCGGAUUGUCAUCGUACAACCAUCAAUGAGAGACCUGUACGUAAUUUCACCUGUUCACUGCAUAUGUUUAUUGGAGGGCUGAGAAUAACACAGAGGUGGUUAAGUGAGCUAAGUGCACGUGAAGCGUAAUCUUGCCUGAGACCUAAAGACUCCUGUUCGCCCUCCCAAGAGAAUGCCUAGGCUUUAGCUCAGUGGGCUAACAUGGUCUCAGUGCGCACAGGCGACCCGGAUUAGAUACCCAUUAACAGGACCACAUCUGAUAAUGUUAGUAGUUAGGCAUAUUGAAUUGAAAGGAGAUGAGAAGCGAGGUUAUAAAUGUUUACAUGGUUGGCGGCCCGUCGUGUUUACAGAGAACAUUCUGUGUUUGUUUGUGCAGAGUUUUCCAGCAUCCCAGGCACAUUCCUGAGUUGGAUGAAGAAGGAGAGAUGGUGGUGCAUGCAGACGUCCACCUCCAGACCCCCAACCAAAAGCACGGAGCCGCUCACCAGAAUGGUAUGAGGCCCUUACGCAUGAGCGUGGCGCAGUGGAAACAGAUAUACUCUAAUUGGCAUCUAUCAUUUUCAAGAGGACAUGGAAUCUGAAGAGUGGAACAGAAUGUAAAUAAACAUUAAUAGAACAUUAAUUGAAGGAUAAGAUCUUAAAGAUGCAGUUCUGCAAGUGUUGAUAAAAAUGUGUUUAGCUUUGUCUUUUUGGAUGUUAGUCCAUUCUGGAGGAAAAAAAACAUUUUACAGAUGCAAACUCUUAGUAAGUCCGUCCAUCUGUAUCGCUGACCUGUGCACUAAUCCUGUCUCAUCUGUAGAGCCGUCCAAGCCUGCCCAGGGGGUUGAAUUCAAAGUGAAAUUGCUACAGCCGGCAUCAUUGAACAUCUUAUUUUUGUUCCUGUGAGUAACCUCUCAUUAUGGGUGAUAAGGUGGUGUCGAAGUCAUCUGACAAGUCAUUUAGCUAAUCAUUUCACUUGUCGCUGAGCAUGUCGACACAAGCCAAGUGAACUGGCUGUUUUGUCCUGGCCUGGGUGUUAACUUGGUUGUGGGAUUGUGUGUUUGUGUCGUGUGGGAGAUGAUUCAACAAUGGGAGUUGAAUUGGAAAUACUUGUUACUUAGUAAAAGCCAAAGGGUUCCUGGGGAUUCCAGCCCUCAUAUGGGUGUGUGACGUGUUUGUGUUGUCUUUGCAGAGUAAGUGUCCUUGUCUUGUCCUCGUGUUACAUGGCCUUCAAGAUUGUGGCUCUUGAGAAGCGGUUGAACUCAUUGGGUUCCGCACCA